AAACGUUUCCAAGUGACGUAGAACACUGCAGGCCCACAGGCCCCUCCACACUUCCUGUGUGGGGCUCAGAAACCCGCCUCCCCUCCCAGCCUUAGGUGCCUGCUUCGGAAAAUGAAAUAAUAAGCCAACUGGCCUCCGCCAUCUUAGGUAGCGUGAGUGUCCAGUGAGAGAAGGAUGCAGUCGGGCAAUCUCUGGAGAGUUCUAGGACUCUGCCUCCUAUCAGCUGGCGCUUGGGGACAAGAUGAGACUGAAGAAACUGUUCCAGAAAAACCCGCAUCUGGACAGAAAAGAUAUGAAGUCUCCAUCUCCGGAACCACUGUAAAGCUGACAUGCCCUGAGAAUUUUGGAAACGAAUUAGUAUGGGAAAUAAAUGAUAAAAAAUCUGAUAAGAAGGACUACACACUAGUACUGGAGAAUUUUUCAGAAGUGGAGAACAGUGGUUACUAUAUCUGCUACCAAGAAAACUCAAAGAAGACCCAUUAUCUCUACCUGAAAGCCAGAGUGUGUGAGAACUGCAUGGAGGUGGAUCUGACGGCAGUGGCCACAAUCAUCGUAGUCGACCUCUGCAUCACUCUGGGCUUACUGCUGCUGGUGUAUUACUGGAGCAAGUCUAAAAAGGCCAGGGCCAAGCCUGUGACGAGGGGAGCAGAUGUUGGCGGCAGGCCCCGGGGACAAAACAAGGAGAGACCCCCGCCUGUUCCCAAUCCAGAUUAUGAGCCCAUCCGGAAAGGCCAGCGGGACCUGUACGCUGGCCUGAAUCAGAGAGCCGUCUGACAGUUCCUGAGGACACUGCCUCCUGCUGGCCCAGCUCUCCCUUUGGCAACCGUCUGUGGGAAUGGACUAGGUAAAUGAGACAGCCCUUCGCUCCCUCCCCCUGUCUCCACUGUAGGCCCCUGGAUGUUCGUUUGCAUCUCCAUGAAUGUGCUAGGCUCCUUGUCAGCUGAGAGAGAAAAGAAAUAAAGUGUAUUUGGCUGAAAGA